AAGCUUACAGCUCUAGCGGCUUUCAGUCCUUUGCGAAUCUGUUAGUUUAUAUUUAAUCGCUGUCGUGGCAAGAGUGAAUCUGGUCGUUCGCUCUCGGUGUGUUCGCUCGCUUGCUUGCUGGUGUCUCAGCGUGCUGUUGGUUCUAGCGUUGUUUAUUGUUAUCAUUUCUGGAAGAACGACGAAAAAACUAAAUCGAACGUGACUCAAUAUACCAGACCAAGAAGGGAAGGAAACCAGUGUUCGAAAGGGCAACAUUGUGUGAAGUGAUUCUUUCAUCCUAUUACCCGCGUAAAAUUACCAGUGACUGGCGAUAGUCGCAGCAGAGCUCCGAUCCAGUGUUUAGUAGCAUAUUAAUUAAAAAACCCUCCCUCCGGCAUCGCUGACCAUCUAUUAUGUCCAACUCGUAUGCGACGAACGGCUCCAGACCGACCUCACGAUGGAAGCGCUUCGUCAAGUCGAACCUACUCACCUUCCUCACGGUGAUAGGUGUGUUUGGCGGCACCACACUAGGUUUGAUGCUCAAAAAUUCCUCCGAGCCAUGGACGCAACGUGAAGUGAUGUACAUCCAGUAUCCGGGAGAUCUAUUCUUACGGAUGCUGAAAUGUUUGAUCGUGCCCUUGUUGGUAUCGUCCAUCACCAGUGCAAUCGGCUCGCUGGAUCUCAGCAUGUCGAAGAAGAUUGCAUUUAGAGCAAUAGUGUACUACUUCACCACCACCAUCUGUGCGGUGGUUCUAGGUAUUAUUCUCGUUAGCACCAUAAGGCCCGGAUCUGGGCCCAACGUGGGCAGUAUGAAGGGUAAGGCUGCCACUCGGCAAGUCCUUACUGCCGAUACGCUUCUAGAUUUAAUCCGGAAUUUAUUCCCACCAAACAUCAUUCAGGCUACCAUGUUCCAGUUCCGCACCAUUCUAGUGCCACCGGAAAACGCCACUGAUGUUCCACUGCAAAAAUACAGAAUCACUUCGGAGUUCACCGAGGGUACCAACGUGCUCGGUUUGGUCAUGUUCAGCGUGGUGCUCGGAGCCUGUAUCGGAAAGAUGCGCGAAGCUGGCAAACCCCUGCAAGGUCUGUUCGAAACACUGAGUGAAGCCAUGAUGAUCAUCACCUCGUGGGUGAUCUGGAUUUCACCGAUCGGUGUGUUCUUCCUGGUGGCUGCCAAGUUGCUGGAGAUGGCUUCCUUUACGGAGGUGCUCGGUCAGUUGGGCUGGUACUUUAUGACUGUGAUGCUAGGGCUGGUGCUGCACGGUUUCGGCACAAUUUCGGUCAUCUUCUUCAUGACCACGCGGAAGCUGGCAUUCCCAUAUAUCGCCCAAAUGAGUCAAGUGCUGGCCACUGCGUUCGGUACCGGAUCAAGCUCAGCUACGAUGCCGAUCACCAUUCGAUGCUUGGACAACAUGGGCAUUGAUCCACGUGUGACACGGUUUGUGAUUCCGGUGGGGGCCACGAUCAACAUGGACGGAACUGCCCUGUACGAAGCCGUUGCCGCUUUGUUCAUUGCCCAGCUGAGGCACAUCCCGCUGUCGUUUGGUCACAUCGUUGCCGUUAGUGUAACAGCAACGGCUGCUUCGAUCGGCGCCGCUGGUAUUCCACAGGCCGGUUUAAUUACCAUGGUUAUGGUAUUGGACACCGUAGGGUUACCAGCUGAGGAUGUGACCAUUAUCAUUGCCGUCGAUUGGUUACUUGAUCGAUUCCGCACAACCAUCAAUGUGAUGUGCGACGCCCUAGGGACGAUUCUAGUGAAUUCUUUGUCCAAGAAUGACUUAGCCAGUACACCAAAUGAAAUUCGUACUGUACAGUAAAUUGACAACAUUUAGUGUUGACCUUAUUUGUAGCGAAUAGCUUGAAGCCGAGCCCCACGAACUAGUCGAACUGCGGCAAGAUUGCAACGAAAAGGAAUGAAUUCCUUCCCACCACCGACCGGCUGCAGUAUCUUCCCUUCCCAGCUCAGAUCAAUCCCCUCCCCCUCCAUGUAACUUAUAGAUGUUGAUCAAUCCAAUCCAAUCGUAUAGGGACAAUUCUCAAAAAAGUAUAGACCAUCCCUUGGUGUAAAGAUAUACGUUUAAAAAAACAAAUGGUACUCACGAUCCACCGUCAACUAUUUAGGUAUAGAUUAGAAGAGAGCGAACACAUCAUCAUGCCGACGAUACCGCUUCGGCCACGUGCUGCCAAAACCGCCAUCUGAAGGCCAUUUUCCCCCAAGGGGAUUGUAGUGAACGAGACGAAUGAAAUUGACGAAAUCACGCACCAUCAUCAACCCCCAUGCUCGUUGUAGAUGUCGUUUGAUAUGAAGAAUUGGAUGCAGCAUAUUUGGACACCAUAUUGAGACAUCACCCCCAUCCACUACAGUGUUAAAUAGUGUGGUUUUCAUCCCUCAGCGUUAGCAUUAGAAAUAUGUAAUACCUUCUAAGGGUAUGAAAGACUUCCAAGAGCUCUAGCAUUAAAUACUGUGCCACACUCGACGAAGGCUUACGAACCAAACAAAAAAAAAGUACAGAUUGGGACCGAACUCCAACGCAAAGAAAAACACAUGUGAAUGUUGUCGUACAUAUUCUGAGAUCAUGCAAAAAUAGACCAUACGAGCUUAAGCCUAACAUUGUUAAUGUUUAUUGUAUAUUUAAAAUACUUACAAAUAUAUUUUAAUAAUUAA